UCAACAAAAUGCUUGCAAGCAUUUAGUCUUGCUUUGGUGAUUAUACUUCAUUUAUUGGUGGUGCUUGCAGUUUGUUUUUGGUGCCCCCAGGUGGUCUGAAAGUCAGAUAGAGCAGCCUUAAUGCACUACACCUACAGAGAAACUGCAAAGGCCAAUAAAGUAUUUUUCAUCUGAAAAUAGGAAUUUCACAUUUUUAGUAGUGUAUGGGUUUAAGUUUAAGGUUGUUGUAAUAGAAGUGUGUGUUGGAUUUGAUUGUUGUUAUUUUGUAGAAUAGUACAGUAAGGGCAGCAAAGUCCAUCUUCUUGUUGUUUUGCUGUGUUUGCUUUCAAGAUUCUAUUCUCUGGAAAAUCUUUGCAUUCCAGAAGGUAUUUAAAAAGCAUCUGAGGACAUUGUUCAUUUGUUCACAGGGAAUAAAAAGCACUCUUCAGUGUUCUGGCUGUCACUUUAAGGGGGCCAUUUCAGACGAAUUGUCCAGUCUCCCGUGUCUUGCUCAGACAGCUCCAGUGUGUGUGAGUGUGAGAGAUCAGGGGGUAUGAGCUGAGAAUAAAGGCGAGCUUCGUGGAGACGGAGCCAGAAGUGUCCAGUUAUUAGCAUGCUGGUCUGGUCACUGCUGCCUCUCUGCUUUAGCACAGUUCUGGUCUGCUAUUGGCUGAUAUUUUUUAGAAUCUUACAGAGGAAGCAUCAAAAAAAAAAAAAAAAAAGACAAAAAAAGAAAAACUACAACAACAGACAAACCUUUGGAGACACCUGCAUUUAUAAGGAUGACAUGCUUUUUUUUGCAACAACAGUGAGAAGAAAAAGAGCAGCAGCCUUUUAUAUUUGUGAAACUAUGGUUUUAUAAAUCUUCAGCUUUGGGAUCAGACUUGGCAGACUUCCUUGCAUCUCUUCUAACUUGACCGUAGCCUGGCGACUGCUGUGGCUUGCUGAUUGUCAAAGGAAGUCUUUCUUGGAAAUAAAAACACUUCAAACUUCUCUCACAUCUCUCGGUCCUUAGCAUUCCUGACUAGAGCAGAGGGAGCUUUGUCCUCUGAAUUACGACACUGGAGAAGUCUUCACGGGAUUGUUUGAAUCUCAGCUUUUCCUCCAAGAUGCUGAACCUCAACUCUCCUGAUGACAACAGCAACAGAAACUCUCUCCAGGACCCAGUGUCGUUGAACGUUGGUGGAGAAAUUUAUACAACAACCCUGGACACUCUGACCCGCUGCCGUGACUCGAUGCUUGGUGCCAUGUUCACCGGACAAAUCCCUGUGCUUAGGGACAACAGAGGAAAUGUCUUCAUAGAUCGUGAUGGCAAAGUGUUUCGAUACAUUCUGAAUUACCUGCGCUCUAGCUCCCUGGACCUGCCAGAUGGCUUUUUAGAUUUCGCACUUCUACGGAGAGAAGCCGAUUUCUUCCAGAUACGCCCUCUGCUGGAGGAGAUCCGCCGCUAUGAGGCUUCAGUGCCUCUCAAUCUAAGAGGAGGGCCAUUAGGAGCCAUGAUUAUUGUCAACAUUGACUCCAAGGUUCGCGUUCUCCACUUUAACUUGCGCCAUGGACCAGAAAACUAUGAGCUUCGCACAUGCUCUGUUCGAGCCUUCACAGUCGACCUCUUUUGUACCUGGAGGGCUUUCCUAGCUCUGCUAUGUGAGCGCUUCUCCUAUAUGACAUCACAGGGUCUCACUAGCCCUCACCCAUGCAGCCCAAGGCAGAACAGGCUAAAACUGGAGUGGGUGCCAAGACCUGAUGAACUCCCUCAGGACCAGUAUGACAAGCAGUGCUACCGGGGACUAACUGUGUCCAAUCCUGAGGCAGCGCAGUCAGAUGACAUCAUGAACAUGCACCUGAGUCCCUGUGAAAUCACAGACAUGCAGGGCUUUGUGGAGGAGUUGUUAAAGGUGUCUCUGGCUGAAGGGUUCAAGGUUGAUCUGGUCACUCCUGACCCAGCAGAGAUUCUUAACUGUACCUCACUUCGACUUGUCAAGUGCUGAGCAAUGGGUUAAACACACUAAAUGCCAUAGAUUCUUUCUAGUCAACACAAAACCUUGUUUCCUUAGGAUUUAAAUGAUUUAAUCAAAUCUUUGAGUUUAGGGUUACAUACAGGUUAUGACUGGGAGAUCACUGAGGAAGUCACACUGUGUCUGUGACCACUCUGUAUUUUCUUCUGUCAUAUUGUUUUCCCAAAUAGUAAGUAAUAAGAUAGUUGAAUCAGAAGUUUACAUUCACU